GGGUAUAAUGGAUGCUUGGAUCUUUCUUUGCCUUCCUUGUGGCUAUUUUCAUUGCUGAGAUUUGUGCCGGUGUAUUUAUCUACUUUCAAAAGGAAACUCUGGAAUCUUUGAUAGAGAAGAGCGUAGAGGAAACUGUACUGCAGAAGUACAUGUACAACUCCAGUAGUGCCAGUGUACAUACCUUUGAUAAAGUACAAGAGGAGAUGGGUUGCUGUGGAUCCAAGGGACCAAAGGACUGGGCUAGAUCUGUCUUUAAUAAUCCUGAAUCACGUGACCGUGAGAUUGGUGUUAUUGUCAGCAAUCAGAAGUACAAUAUACCGAGAUCAUGCUGCAGGUACAGAUUGUCGAUUAUCGUACGUUAGUCAGGGGUGUAU